AUGAUCUAUGACUUUAUUGCUAACGUGUGGUUACUACUUACAUUUAGUUAUAUGAUGUUAUAUCAUUUUGAUCCACCAAUGGAUAAGAAACUUCCUCAUUGGACAGAAAUUUUUGUGAUCAUCACAGUAACAACGAUUCUUUUGGAACAUAUUCGUCAGUUUGAAGUAUCAAGUAGAAAAAGUCAACUUAAUUUAAAAUUAAGCUUAAUUGCCCACCUCUAUUGA